AUGAAACGGCCUUUCUCUUCUUUUUCUUUAUAUGAACAACAUGAUCAACAGCCUGGAGGAGGAGGUAGUUGUGGCAAUUGUAAGGAAUGCAUAGAAAAAGAACAAGAAAGAGAAAGGAUGAGGUACCAUAAUAAUUAUGACUAUAGCCUGGAAAACGGAAACGGUGAAACAAUGCAAGCUUCUUCCACUAAAGGAAAAGGAAGAUUGGAAUUCGUUAAUAAUUCUGGUAAUAAUGAGAUUAAAGACCAGACAAGAAAGAAUAAUCCUACAUCAACAACAACGAAUUCUGUUUUCCGUAACCCUAACCACAAUUUCUCAACACCUUAUACCACAUCCGCUGCCAAUCCAUUAUUUACAAACACGAAUCUAAAACGUAAUCCGUCGUUUCAAUACAAUGAUGAUCCGAUGCUAAUAUCGAAUAUCUCCAAAGAAGAGAAGCUUCCGUUUGAAUUAGUAUCAACGUCAUCAUCAUCAAUUUCUCCACACACACAAUCUAAUAAUAUGGGCAUUUUGGCGGCGAAAGAGGAUGAAAAUGAAAACGAAAACGGUGGAUGGGAUCUAGGCGAAGAUGGCGACGAGAUUGAUAAAGAUGACCUUGAUUGA